AAUAAGGCCCGAAAUCAUGUAUAUAUAUAAACCCUACAAUCCCAUAUCUCCAUGUAACCAUUGGCUUUUCUCCUUUUCUUAGGUAAAAAAGAAGAGAAAAUGAGCGGUCCUUGGUGUUUCAACCACAAGAACGGUGUGGUUCGCCUGGUUGAAAACUCAGGUUCGGACCAAAGGCCGAAGCCCGAGGGCAAAGUACUUGUACACAUUCCUUCUAACGAAGUGAUCACUUCUUAUGAGAUUCUCAAGACUAAGUUGUUGUCUCUUGGUUGGGAAAGAUACGACGGCGGUGACCCUGAUCUUUUUCAGUUCCACAAAAGGUCAUCCAUCGAUUUGAUCUCUCUUCCUAAAGAUUUUACCAAAUUCAAGUCUGUUUACAUGUAUGACAUUGUGGUCAAAAACCCUAACAUGUUCAUGGUUAUGGAUAAAUGAUGUUUUUAUUUAUAUGGACUGUAUCACCACUACCCAGUACUGGUCUUCAUCACUACGUUUAUAUAUAUAUACGGGGUUUGAUAUUUAAAAUAAAACUGGGUUUUGGUUUGCUCAAGGAAGAUAAGAAGUGCUUUUAAGAUCUGUAUGAUCUUUUGCUUUGCUUUGCUUGCUAUAAGUAGCUGUGACUAUACACUACUUGGCUUAAUUUUUCAUCUCAUGCAUGCUCUUUAAUUAUUAUGAUUUAUCAAUGAAAAUUUAUAUGGUGUUUCUUUGUGUGUUCACAA